AUGGAGCAAACAGUCUCUCGCUUCACUCGUCUACAACGUGUAAUCAACAGGCUUAUUCGUCCAGUGGUCAAGCUGCAAAGAGCCUUCAAGUACUCGCUACGUGGCUCUCGAGUCUCUUUACCGCUCAAUCUCGAUCCAGCACCCUCUCCAUUCACACAAGGGAGCGGUUCCCCAGGCUCAAUCACGGGCAACGCGUCUUAUAUUUCUCAUAAGAAGCCUGCUCAAUCACAGAGCCUGAUGGCAACUUCUUUUGAGAGCGUAGACGGCGACCUUGAAGAUGAUCAUGGCUCGUUCAGGGAUUUGGCUCAAUACGUUGAUAUUACCACUCCCCGUAUAUCCGUAACCGAGGUCGACCUCGAGGAUCAGACUCAUCCUCUAUCUAUGACUACUCUCGCCGCCCACGCGACCGUCAGCCACUCUCCUUCCGCCAGCGACGCCCCUGACAAUUCGAGCCUCCAUAAUUCUUCCCCGCAGAAUACUCAAGAGAGAAAUCUCACGGGUUGCGUGCAUUUACAUCCGUCGCGGCAAGUCUACGAUGGCCCGUAUUCGGCCGUCUUUCAAGGUGUCUACAAGGAAGGGGAUGACGAAAAAGAUGUCGCCAUAAAGAUCGUUCGAGCUGUCGGGUCUCCUCAUUCGAUACGGCGGAGACGUCGUCGUGAGGUCACGACAGGAAUGAGUCUCCACCAUCCAAAUAUCCUCCCUGUAUACGGCAUUGUGGAGGGCGAUGGGUUUGGUCCGUUUGGUGGAAUCGUCACGCCGUGGUGUCCGAAUGGUAACGCUGCGCAAUUGGUCCACGGCUACAAUCUUUUGCCCUUGGAGCGAUAUCGUCUAUGGCGAGGUGUCUUGGAUGGACUUGCUUAUCUGCAUUCGCAAUCACCGCAGAUUGCGCACGGAGACAUGAAACCCCCGAAUGUACUGAUCGCCAAAGACGGAAGGCCGAUGAUUUGCGACCUUGGGCUUGCACGGUUCUUGAUCGAUGACGGGUCAUCUUCAAGAAAUGAGUAUAAGGGCGACGAAAUAUGUUCGUGGUUUUGUAAAAUCAAUACCACAACGCCGCAUUCGGGUACACCGCGAUACCUCGCCCCCGAACAGGUUGAUCCAAACCGUCCUUCUAAACCUACCAUGGCCGCGGACGUGUUUGCGGUCGGGUGCAUCGGAUUCGAGUUUAUCUACUCGACUUUACCCUAUGCGAAUCGUCUACACAAUUUCCAGGGCCAGAUAUUCUAUGACAUUCGUCGCGGAAUUCCACCCGCAUAUCGGCCGAUAACCGCAUAUUCAUCCAAAAUCACUUCGUCAUCCGCCCCGAUUGACGGUGUAAAUGUACUAUGGGAGAUACUGGAAUGGUGCUGGCGUCUUGAUCCUUCUUCCCGCCCGACAGCAUUGCGCUUGUGCGAGUUGUUGACCAGCUACGAGGAUGUGAUUGUCAGUGCACUCGAAGGCCAAAUCUAA